GGUGCGACUGGGACGGCCGCCGCGCCGCUGCCGCCUAGCGGGUUUAGCUGAGCAGCGGCCGCGGCGGCGUCGCUGGCUCGGGGAGAGCAUGCCUUGAACAGGAAACUAUGUGAAGCAAAACUCUUUCUGAAUUCUGAAAGACACCAUUUCACCAUGGGACAGCAAAUUUCGGAUCAGACGCAGUUGGUUAUUAACAAGUUACCAGAAAAAGUAGCAAAACACGUCACCUUGGUUCGAGAAAGUGGCUCCUUAACUUAUGAAGAGUUUCUUGGGAGAGUAGCUGAACUCAAUGAUGUAACUGCUAAGGUAGCUGCUGGCCAGGAAAAACAUCUUCUCUUUGAGGUACAACCUGGGUCUGAUUCCUCUGCAUUUUGGAAAGUGGUUGUACGGGUGGUCUGUACCAAGAUUAACAAAAGCAGUGGUAUUGUGGAAGCAUCACGGAUCAUGAAUUUAUACCAGUUUAUUCAGCUUUAUAAAGACAUCACAAGUCAAGCUGCUGGAGUGUUGGCUCAGAGCUCCACCUCUGAAGAGCCUGAUGGGGACCCAUCCUCUGUAACCUCGUGUCAGGCUAGUCUGUGGAUGGGCAGGGUGAAGCAGCUGACUGAUGAGGAGGAGUGUUGUAUCUGCAUGGACGGCCGGGCUGACCUCAUCCUGCCCUGUGCUCACAGCUUCUGUCAGAAGUGUAUUGAUAAAUGGAGUGAUCGACACAGGAACUGCCCCAUUUGUCGCCUACAGAUGACUGGAGCAAACGAAUCGUGGGUGGUGUCAGAUGCACCCACUGAAGAUGACAUGGCUAACUAUAUUCUUAAUAUGGCUGAUGAGGCAGGCCAGCCCCACAGGCCCUGAGUGGGGAAGACUCUUGUUCUUGUGAGCUCCAAAUACACUGUGGUCCCAGAGGAGGAGUGGAGGGGUGCGGUGCACACAGGAAGAUCAGGUUUCCCACCCUCUUAUUUUUGCUAUUCUGAUGAUAUGUCCCAUUCUGAAAUAAACUCCCAUGUCUUCCAGGUAGGGUGGGUUACACUUUGCUACUGUUUGGCCAGGUCCCCGCUGUCCCCCUGGUCUUGGUUGCUCUUGAGCCCUUUGCUACAGAUAGCAGCAAUACUUGACACUACUGCUUUUCAGGGACGGGGUGUUCUGUGUCUUUUUAGCUAGGUUUACAAUUGAGAGUGUUCAAGGUUGUAGCCAUCUGAGAUAAAGGAGUGAAACUAACGUCUCAGUGGGAGUUGCUUCUGCCGGGACCUGAGGAGCGUGCACUCCGCCCCCUUGUGGUUCAUUCUGGAUCCUUUUCUACCAGGCCCCAUUGCUUCCUGAUGUCUGUGGAACUUCAGCAGUGGGUUCUGGGACUGCUUUUUAUCGUGCUGCAGCACUCGGAGAAGGACUUCGAGGUUGGGACUUCGUCUUGCAGAUGGACUCCACUGGAAGAAUCUUUGUGGCUGUUCUCUGGACUUGGGGAGGUGUUCAUAGUGCCCAUGUGGCUUGGCUUUUCAAAAGGAAAUCUUUUUUUAUUGCAGACACACGUUUAUAUUUCCAGGUUACACUGAGUCAUCCAGUCCUGAGCUAGAGUGUUUACUUUAGAGAAAGACACUGUUCAGAGGCUUCCGUUUCCUCAGUUCUCUUAGAUUAAAAGAAAAGGAAGAUCAGAUGAAGCUUUUCACCACACAUUUGUAAACCUCUGAAAUCCAGAGAGCGAUUACCUUUCUUCCCGUUUCUCUGAACUCCUUCGAAGUCUGAAGAGAGUACGGUAAUAGGAGUACAGCCCUCGGCCAAUCCCGGCCAUGGCUAAUGGAGUAAGAACGUUGAUGUUAACAGUUCAGCCUAUAAUAAAACUAGUGCAUGAAAUCAAGUCACCUUGAAGAAAUUUUAGCAUUCCAUAGAAAUUUUCUCACUGAUUAAUUGCAAAUGUUCCUAUUUUCCUAAGUACAAAGGUACAUGAUUGAAGUUGCUGCUUAUUGAUUUUUUGAUUAAAAUCUUAAUGAGCAUGCAAAUAAACUCCCUUUCAAAGAAAAAGACCUGACUUGAUUCUGCCCCCCAAAUACUGAAGACUUCAGUUGUCUACCAACUGUCACGACGGGACAGUGAAGGACCAAAUGGCUGAGGAGUCCUUGCGGGUGUGGAGGCCGGUGCAGUGCUGGCCUCUGGCCUGGCCUGGCUGUGUGUGAUGUUUCCCAGCCCGAGACAGCCAGCUUUAUCUGCUGUAGGCUCCUGUUGGGAAACAGACUGUAUCUGUGGUUUUCAAACCUUAGCAGUGAAACUUCCAGUAAAAUGUGAGAGUCCAUAUGCACCGAGUGUAUGCACACAUGCUACUGCAGUUAUACAGAAGCUGCAUUUUAUUAAUAUAGGGGUCCUUUUUAUCAGCUUCGUACAGUGUGGUCACCAUUACGUCAGUGUAGGAAAACAUCACAAUGAUUGGUGAUACAGUUUCAUUAGAAUUUAGUGAGUAACAAAUUGGUGUGAUGAGAAGCUUUUGUUUUGUAAAAAUAAUAUUUCAGGACUGGGGGUGUGGCUCAGUUGGUAGAGUGUUUGCCUAGCAUAUGUGAAGCCCUGGGCUCCAUCCCAGCACCGCAUAAAAACAAACAGUCCUGGUGGUACCUGGAACCCCAGCACUUGAGAGGGGGAAGCAGGAAGGUGAGAAGUUCAAGGACAUCCUCAUCUGCACAGUGAAUUCAAGGCCAGCCUGGGCUACAUUGAGACCCUGUUUCAAAAAAAUUGUGGGUAGAGGCUGGAGAACUGGUCCAGUGGUUAAGAGCAAUUGCUGUUCUUGCAGAGGACCUGAGUUCAAUUCCCAGCACCUGUGUUUGUUGUUCACAGCAGCCUGUAAUUCCAGCUCCAGGGGAUCCAGUGCCCUCUUCUGACCUUCUAAGGCACUUGAAUACUUGUCACAUACACACCCCAAAAAUAAAUCUUUAAAACGUUUUAAAAUUUGUAUUUGCAGAUGUUUCAACUUCCUCUGUUGAUUCUCAAGUGCUCUGUGGAACAUUUUUAAAACCCUGAGAUAAGUGACCCUCUGAAAUAUUUUCCAGCCUUAAAAAUCGAAAUUGUCCUUUUGGAUUAGUCUUGCUGGUUUAAUUCAAAUUGCCUAAUUGAAAAAUGUUUCUGAAAAUGAAGAACAUAGCUUUAUGGGUUUGGUAUCUUUUCAGCAAUAGACAAAACUUUGCUUCCCCAGAAUCCUUCACAUGUGAAGGAAUUAAACGGUGAAUCCAGUGACUUGAUAUUGUCCACAGCCCUUUCCUUACAGUCUGAGCUCCAAGAUAUGAACUGAUCCACUGUGAGAUGCCAGUGUCUCCCCUCGCCUCAUCAAGUAAAUGAGCAAAGCUCUUUGCCCAUCUUUCUUCAUAUAUGGAUGGUAGGUAGGGCCUGCCUGCUGUAGUAUCCGAUCAUAAAGUUGUCACUUUGUCUCACGAGUAUAUAUACACCUUUUCUACUCUAUACAGCUUUGUCUUUUUAAAAUAAUACUGAAUGCACUUACCAUAGUAGAGAAUCGUGUGCCUUCUGCAAUGUGUGAACUGCCUCCUGCUCUGGGGACCCUUUGUAAUUUGGAUUGUUAGUGCUCUGCUCACUCAGUAACUGGGUUGACUCGGAUGCUGUAGACACUGGAUUUCAGAAGAUGAGUUUAGCUGUGUACUGCUGUAAAGACUGAGAGCAGCGGAAGCUGUUUUAUUCUUAGGAGAAACUGAUGCAAUGUGCAAUAAGUAAACCUUGCAAGUGAACAUUAGCUAAUGACAGACUUUUGCUUAUAUAAUUUCACAUUCUUAUGUACUAAAUAUUUAUAUUUAUUAGAAGACUUUUAUAUUGUGCUCUGGGGAUUGUGUUUGCGUGCUGUUUUGAGAUGAUUUCCUUAUAUUAAUAUAUAUCUGGGUAAUAAGGCUGCUUGGAAACCUUUUGGUUCCCUGAUUUUUAACACUGGGAAGUUGGGUUCAUUAAAAGAUAGUAUGAAUAAUUUGCA